AAAAAUGGAACCCACCAGCAGUGUGAGGAGACCUGAAAGUGGCACAUGCAGAGUGUGGCGAUGGAGACAGCAGCAAUGGGAGGCCGUACAGGGACCCAUGACACACUCUGGACCUGGCAGCAGCAUUAGGAGGCGGUACAGGGGCCCAUGGCAGAUUACGGGCCUGGCAGCAGCAAUGGGAGGCCCGUAAUCUGCCAGCACCCUAUGACAAAAUGGAACAUCAGCAGCAGUGUGAGGAGACCUGAAAGUGGCACAUGGCAGAGUGUGGCGAUGGAGACAGCAGCAAUGGGAGGCCGUACAGGGACCCAUGAGAGACUCUGGACCUGGCAGCAGCAU